AUGCUGGCGAGGGAUGAACACGCGACAGGUAAAAUAUCGGUGUGGUGGGACAUGAAGUACUGUCCGAUUCCGAAGAGUUAUGUUACUGGUCUGAUCCGACAGAGUAUAGAAGGGGAGUUCGAGGAACGAGGCUACUUUGGUCCAGUCACCAUCACUGCCUGCCUAUGCCGAGCAAACGCAAACCUCUGA